AUGGGCAUCUUCAGCCGGAAGUCGAAACUCAAGGCGGAGCCGCCGCCCAUGCGCGUCGAGAAGGUCGUUGUGCCUAGCAAGCCGCGCACGACUCUGAGGCCGACUCGCAGCCUGCCCGCAUCCGCAUCAUCGUCCAGCCACCUCUCGCCAUCAGCGCCAAUACCGCCGAAACGUCGGCGCCGCCAUAGCACACCCCCCUCGUCCGACGAGAAGGGGCGCGCGCGGCUGAAGCGCAAAGUCGCGACCAGCAGCACGUCGCGCGACUCGCCGGCGUUCGGCAACGACUCCGAGUCUGAUGAGGAGGACGGCGACCCGUUCAAGAAGCGAUUGCGACGCGCCGAUGCGAGGACCGUUGAUGUGAACCGCAGGGUGCGCCAUAAGAAGGCGUUUGGCGACACUGUCAGGGAACCGCGUAUCAUUCAUGCAGCAGACAGGGCAUCGAGGGCAACCGGCUGUCCACCGAUUACAGGCGCAAAGGACGACGAGGUCGCGAUAGAGCUUCAAUAUCCAUCGCGCUGCGCCCGCGAGAGGUAUGAGCUCGUUUGGCAAAAGGAAAAGAUCGACGCUGUCAAGGAUAUACUCACAGUGCUCGAGCACGUAGCCGAGACAUACCUAACCGAAGCCGAGUCGCGACCCUUCAUCGAUCACAAUGCCAGCUUCAAGAGACAGAUGGAACGAGCUUCAACUGAAAACUACCGAGAUGUACCCGUCUUCAGGUCCGCCCUCGCCAACUACAACAAGAAGCUAUUGGAGCUAGUUGAGGAUGGUACUGUGGCAAAGAACCUCGACAAGAUUCACCAUCUGCCUCCCAGCCUUGUGUCUUUCAUCCUAAGCCAGGUUUACGAUCGUGUCGUUGCUCCCCACGUCGACUCGCUCAAUAAAUACAAGAAUGGAAGUGACAACGUGUAUGGGGAGCUGUUACAUCCAUUCGCCACUCAUAUCCUUGUUCAGCAGACCAAGAUGACAUCAGAUCAAGUUUUCGUCGACCUGGGAUCUGGAGUAGGCAAUGUCGUGCUCCAAGCUGCGCUGGAGAUCGGCUGUCGAAGUUAUGGUUGCGAAAUGGUGGAAAAUCUCUGUAACCUGGCCGAAGAGCAAGAGAAAGAAUUCAGGUCGAGAUGUCUGCUUUGGGGUGUGAACCCAGGCAGAGUCCAUCUUGAGAGAGGCGACCUUCGCGCCAACAAGAAGAUCCAAGACGUGCUCAAGACAGCCGAUGUUGUGCUGGUUAACAACAAGGCAUUUACGCCGGACCUCAACGCCGCCCUGGUCAACAUGUUCCUCGACCUGAAGCCAGGUUGCAAGAUCAUAUCCUUGGCUUCCUUCCUGUACGCCGGCAACAAGAACGCAAUAAACGAUGUCGCAAGCAGCAUUCUCGACGUCGACACAUUCAGCUACCAGAAAGACUGGGUUAGCUGGUCAGGCCAAGACGGACAAUACUAUAUCUCGACAAGAAAGGGAGCUGAGUCUCUGAGUCCUUAA